AUGGUCAACAGCGCUUACAUCCUCGCUGCCGGAGCCGCCGUGGCCCCCCUUGCCUCGGCUGCCGGCAACGCGCGCGUGGUGAACAACUGCUCCUUUUCCGUGACUGCCUGGUCCGUGGGCAGCGCCGUCUCGCCGGCAAACACAAUAAACAGCGGCGGCAGCUACAGCGAGCGAUUCACCCGGGACCCAAAGACCGGAGGCCGAGCCAUCAAAAUCACCAUUGAGCCUGACGGCUUGUACACCGGGAAGCCGCAGACUGUAUUCGCCUACAAUCUCGAUGGCAACACCAUCUGGUACGACUUGAGCGAUGUUUUCGGCGACGCUUUCAAAGGCCACAAGCUUGUUGAGGCCAGCAAGAAUCCCGAUUGCGGAGUCAUUACUUGGAAGGAUGGAGUUCCGCCGGCUGGUAGCCAGGUCAAGACCUGCAACGCGGACGCAGAUGUCACCUUGACCCUGUGUGCUAAAUAG